AGUCAAACACUCAUCCACCUUAAGUCCCGCAUUAACAGAAUUAACCCAGUCACCUCCUGUAAGGGAUGGUUCCCACUGCCCUCCUUAUCUAUCACUGUCGGAAAGUCGCGACAGGCACUCAGUUCUUCAAGCAUCAUCUGCACACACAACACACAGGGUUCUGUAAAAUAAAUCAAAGCAGUGAGCAAAACCACAUCUUGGACAGAAAAGAAAAUAAUUUGUAACAGCAGAGGAAACCAUUUGGAGGACUGAGAUAGCAAAUAAUUUCCACAGGGACUUUGACAAAACUGACAGGUUGCUAAGACCGUGAGACCAACUGCCAUGGGAAAUACCACCAGCAGCGCAAUAUCGAAGGAGAUCCUUGAGGACCUGAAGCUUACCACCAAAUUUACUGAGACUGAAAUCUCCCAAUGGUACGAGAACUUUCAGAAGCAAUGUCCCACAGGACGCAUCACACCAGAAGAGUUUGAGGAGAUCUACACCCGCUUCUUCCCCGAAGCUGAUGCCAAAAGCUACGCGCGGCAUGUGUUUCGCUCCUUUGACACCAACGAUGAUAACACUUUGGACUUCAAGGAGUACAUCAUUGCACUCCACAUGACCUCCAGCGGGAAGACCACCCGGAAACUCGAGUGGGCUUUCUCUUUGUUCGACGUUGAUAAGAACGGAUACAUCAACAAGACUGAAGUGACAGAGAUCUGCCAGGCCAUAUUUAAGCUAAUCCCUGCAGAGGAGCAGAAGAAGCUAGCAGAGGAUGAGAACACACCCGAGAAGAGAGCCAACAAGCUCUGGGCUUACUUCGAUAAGAAAGACAAUGAGCGGCUGGCUGAAGGAGAGUUCAUCAAAGGAGUGAUUGAAAAUGAGAAUGCAAUGCGUCUUAUCCACUACGAACCACUGAAACAAUGAGGUCCUUCUUAUUCAUCCCCCUCCUAUUCUGUCUUUUAUGAAGUCAUAUCUACCACCCCCCCCUCCCCUGGCUUCAGAUGUCCGCGCAAAUCUUCAAUUUUAGCCACUCACCUCUUUGUGUAAAUAUUCAUUCUUGGAGUGUCUUUGUUGCAACUAACAUUUUAGUAAGUUUUCAAUUUUGUGACUUCAUACCAAAUAGAAAUUAAGAAAGUCAAAUUAAGGCACAGUUGCUUAAGACAUGUACGGCCAAGAACAAGCUCUAUAGUGAGUACGUAUGUUCAUAUGAAUAUAACAUCAACAUAUUGUCAGAAAUAUUGUUUUGUUGUUAACUUAUAAAUAUUUCAGAAAUUAACCGCGAAAGACAAUUGUGAAAGUACAAGACUUGCUUGUUAGCUUGUUAUAGCUUUUUUUUUUUUUUUACAGACUUUUACAUUGCUUGAGUGAGGUUGUAGCUCUCAGGUGUUGUACCUAUUUAUUGCACAAUAAAUUAAAGGUUUUUCUCAUACAGCUCAA